CGAAGUUUCCGAGCGGGAACAACACGAAUGCAGUGAGCCAGUGUCAGUGCGUUAGUUAGUUAGUGCUUAUGGUGGUAGACGGCGAACACGUCCGCUCCUCCUCCAGGGGUUCUUUCCACAACGACGGCCCCACUGCGGCGUACGACAAGAGGACGAUGUCGGUGAACGACGUGUACGUGCUGCGACCCUUCAAGCUCAUCGCGUUGCUGUGCGUCUUCCUGGCGCUCUGCUUGGACUUGGUGGCUCUGCUCAGCCCGGCCUGGGUCACGGCCGACCACUUUUCGCUGUCCCUGUGGGAAUCUUGCUCCCAGUCCGAAGCGAGGCAGCCGGAUGAGGAGGCUUCGUGGAGCUGCUUUUCUACGCUCAAUUCUGACUGGCAGAUCGCCACGCUUGUGCUGCUAAUGGGCGGCGCCGUGGCAACCCUGGUGGCCUUUUUGGCGGGGCUCAUUUCCCUGUGUCACGGCACCCAGAGGAAACACUACCGAACGGUGGCUGUGUUUCUCUUUACAGCAGUUGUGCUGCAGGCCUGUGCGCUGGUCUUGUACCCGAUCAAGUUCAUCGACGGGACGGUUCUGCAGACGUAUCACGAAUUCAACUGGGGCUACGGCCUCGGCUGGGGUGCCACCAUCUUCAUGUUGGGUGGUGGAAUUCUCUUCUGCCUGCGGACGGAUAUAUACGAAGAUUCCAUGUAUUGACACCACACGCACACCUCAACAUAGCUGGUGUGUAGUACAUAGCCCACUUGUUUAUUUUUAGUCAGGUUGUGAAGGACUAAAGUAGGACAGGUUUUGUUUCAAUAGAACCCACUCCGUGUACUUUAACCAUCCACCAACUUUGCCCCUCAGCCUGGCCAGUAUCGAGGUGAGGUGGCAACAUUUCAGGACGGCCGCUGGUUGCUGAACAUUUGCACUGCAUGGUGAACUGGGUGUGUGUUGUUUGACAAAUUGGACAGUCGAGUCUAAACAUUUAUAAGCACCAGUGCAUCUCCAUGUUUCGGCCUUUUAUUUUGGCCUAGUUUUUUUUUUUUUUUUUUAGAAUUUGACAAGGAGGAGCUUUUUUUCAUCAGAGUUGUCCUAUAGUGACUUUUUAAACAAUAUCCUGAUAUUGUUCAACUCCAAAAAUCCAAUACAGAUAUCAAACCGAUACCGAUAAAUAUAUGCGGUCAUGGACUGAACAUAUUAUGGAUAAAUGUAUUGUGAAGCUUUAACAAUGAUAAAUAUAACAACUUCAAGGUUUUCCAAAUAAGCCUUCUGUAAAAAUAAGGAGAAGCUGUGCUAAGCUGUGACCAGCCUUUGUACAACAGCGGAAGGCUUCUACAUUGACUUUGAAGUAGGGCUGUCAAAAUUAUCGCGUUAACGGGCGGUAAUUAACUUUAUGAAUUAAUCACGUUAAAAUAUUUGACGCAAUUAACGCACAUGGCCCGCUCAGACAGAUUUAAAUGGCAGUACAGCCACUUGCCCACUUGUUAAUUGUCUUUUAUGGAGUUUUGCCGCCCUCUGCUGGCGCUUGGGUGCGACUGAUUUUAUAGGCUUCAGCACCCAUGAGGAUUGUGUAAGUAAUUAUUGACAUCAACAAUGGCGGGCUACUAGUUUAUUUUUUGAUUGAAAUUUUUACAAAUUUUAUUAAAACGAAAACAUUAAGAGGGGUUUUAAUAUAAAAUUUCUAUAACUUGUACUAACAUUUAUCUUUAAACAACUACAAGUCUUUCUAUCCAUGGAUCGCUUUAACAGAAUGUUGAUAAUGUUAAUGCCAUCUUGUUGAUUUAUUGUUAUAAUAAACAAAUACAGUCCCUAUGUACCGUAUGUUGAAUGUAUAUAUCCAUCUUGUGUCUUAUCUUUCCAUUCCAACAAUAAUUUACAGAAAAAUAUGGCAUAUUUUAUAGAUGGUUUGAAUUGCGACUAAUUGCGAUUAAUUACGAUUAAUUAGUUUUUAAGAUGUAAUUAACGCGAUUCAAUUUUUUAAUCGUUUGACAGCCCUACUUUGAAGGCAACAUGCAUAUUAGGCCAAAACCGAUGUCGAUAUUAUCCGUUAUCAUUUUAAAAUGCAUUUAUCGGCCAAAAAUUAUCGGACAACUCUAGUUUUCAUUUUAUUCAUAGCACCACUUUCCCUGUGUCCUGCCUGAAGCAUAUCAUAAUAUGCCUUUUCAUUUAAGUUACUCAGCUUUUAUAUAUGCUGGAGCUACUGUAUUUAUAGUUUGUUUGCAAAUUUCUUGUUUUUUUUUUUUCACUGAAAAUGUAAAUGUGUAAAAAGUGUUUGUACAUGAAGGACUUUCCUGAAUUAAAAAGUGUAAUUUUGAGGUAUGAGGAGUAUGAUUUCAUGUUGUCCUGUCACCAGGGAUUGAAACAUCCCUCCUGUUUUAGUUCGUCACCCAGUACAUUCCAAAUGGGGAGGUGGCAACAGGUUGCAGUUGAUAUUUUACGACAGCUUGUGUUUUUUUUACUCACCCCAUUUGCUGCAAUUAGAUUAAUAGUUGCAUGUUUAGUGUGAAACAGAAGGCAAAGCCAAACAUUGGCAGACUGUUGUUGAAGUUAUCACCCCAUGCAUUUUAAACUGAAACAGCUGCUUGAAGAACUUUUGCAAGUCAACUAUUUAGCAGCUGUAGCAUCUGGAUAAAUGACCACAUGAGGAUUAUGUUAUGUUCGAACGGGAAUAAAUCGACCAACUAAGGGGAAAGUCCCCAAAUGUCUGCUAGAUGUGAGCGAGACGCCACUCAGUGGUUUUCUUAUAAUAGUAUGCUGAAAUGGGAUCUUGGUGGAGUUGCAAGACAUGCUGAAAGAGGUGUCAUAUAAUUUUCAAAAGAAAGUCCUUUUUUUUUUUUAAACUGAAGGGUUAAUGAACUUUAUUUGCAGUCAUCAUAUAUACAGUACAAGACACAUACAGUCUUUGUGUAACAGUAAUGUACAGUAUGUGGGUUACAGUUAGGGUUGCCAACUGUCCCUUGAAAAACGGAAUCGUACUGAGUUUGACAAUAAUAAAGGACAACGCUUCGCUGCUCAGCCUUCGCCGCGUACAGACGCACUCUGAAGCACUCUAGUAUUGAUGGACAAAAAUGUAUUUUGUGUGGAGUGUGAUCACUUCAUUCACGACUCCCUACACUGCUGCCCUGGCUGUGUUCACAGUCAACAGACUCCUUUAAGUCCAUCUGCAGGGAGCGUCCAAUUGGACGCUUAGUUACUAAACCCAGAUUGUUGACUGUUUUAUUUUAUAGUUUUGAUGUAUGUUCCUUGCCUGAAUGUGCGUCUUUAGUUGUAUGGGGAACGGGAAACUAACUGAUAAGCAUAUGCUUCAUCUCGUCCGCCUUUGUCGUCUUCUUCGGUUCCUUCGGGCAAAUCAUAUCACAUUUUGUAACUGUCAAUGAUUGUCAAAGAUACCGAUGAUGAUGACAAUAAAAUUCCAUUAAAAAAAAUUUUUUUUUUAAAAAGCGCGUCCCUGGAAAGCUCAACAAAGGACACAUACAGUGGGGCAAAUAAGUAUUUAGUCAACCACUAAUUCUGCAAGUUCUCCCACUUGAAAAUAUUACAGAGGCCUGUAAUUGUCAACAUGGGUAAACCUCAACCAUGAGAGAGAGUUUGAUUUUUAAGUAAUUUAUUUGCAAAUCGUGGUGGAAAAUAAGUAUUUGGUCAAUACCAAAAGUUCAUCUCAAUACUUUAUUAUGUACCCUUUGUUGGCAAUAACAGAGGCCAAACGUUUUCUGUAACUCAUCAAAAGCUUUUCACACACCGUUGCUGAUAUUUUGGGCUGUCGUUGGGCAACUGGGACUUUCAACUCCCUCCACAGAUUUUCUAUAGGGUUGAGAUCUAGAGACUGGCUAGGCCACUCCAGGCCCUUGAAAUGCUUCUUAUGAAGCCACUCCUUUGUUGCCCUGGCUGUGUGUUUGGGAUCAUUGUCAUGCUGAAAGACCCAGCCAUGUCUCAUCUUCAAUGCCCUUGCUGAUGGAAGGAGAUUUUCACUCAAAAUAUCUAGAUACAUGGCCCCAUUCAUUCUUUCCUUUACACCAGACAUGUCUAAAGUCCGGCCCGGGGGCCAAAUGCAGCCCGUGGUCAAAUUUCAUCCGGCCCCCAGCCUCUGUCAUAAAAUCAGUAACGUCUGGCCCGCACACAGACUUAAUAAAUUGGUCAGCUGUACUGCUACCAGCAUAUGAAGUAGCUUACACACUAAAUGCUGCUCCUCAUUUACCAACUAAAAGACAGCAGCACUCUAAGCAACAUUACCCCAUGUGACCCCUUACUUCCAAUUUUCUAAAAUGGCGACUAUCAACAACAAAAAGAAAGUUGAC